AUGAGUUCUAGACCAUUAGUCACCAUUUACGACGGUAUUACAGGUGAAGCUGAGAAGACGCCAUGCAGAAUUCCAGCCGUGUUCCUUGCUCCAGUCAGAAACGACAUUGUUCAAUUCGUCUUCACAAACCAAAACAAAAAUGCCCGCCACCCCGAGGCAGUCAGCACUGAAGCCGGUAAACAACAUUCCGCCAUCUCAUGGGGAACUGGGAGAGCCGUUGCUAGAAUUCCAAGAAUUAGUGGUUCUGGAUCUGGCCGUAAUGGACAAGGUGCUUUUGGUAACAUGUGCAGAAAGGGUCACAUGUACUCCCCACUCAAAGUCUACAGAAAGUGGCAAAAGAAGACCCCAAAACAAAUUAGAAGAUACGCUGUUGCUUCAUGCAUUGCCGCGUCUGCUAUCCCAGCUAUGGUCACUGCCAGAGGUCACCACAUUGCUGGUGUCUCUCAAAUUCCACUUGUUUUGAACUCAAAGAGCAUUUCUGUCAUCAAAAGAACCAAACAAGCCGUUUACAUGUUGAAGAAGAUCGGAGCUUAUCCAGAUGUCUUGAAAGUCAUUGCAUCAGCCACAUCAAGAGCUGGUCAAGGAAAGAUGAGAGGAAGACUCCACAAGGUCAGAAAGGGUCCACUUGUUGUCUAUCAUAACGACGAAGCCCAAGCUAUCAGAGCCUUCAGAAACAUCCCAGGCGUCGACUCAUGCAACGUUGACAACCUCUCUGUUUUGAACCUUGCCCCAGGUGGACAUAUGGGAAGAUUCAUCAUCUGGACUGAGAGCGCAUUCAAGAGACUCAACUACAUCUUCGGUACACAGAAAGCUAUGGCACAAGGAAAGAAGGGAUUCAGAGUACCAAAGGCACAAGCCGCUGUCCCAGAUAUGAAGAGAGUUAUUGGUGCUGCUGAGAAGGCCAAGAUCUUGAGAGCCAAACCAGAACAACUUGUUGCUUUGAAGAGAAGAAACCCAUUGAAGAACUGGGCUGCUAUGGUCAAGUUGAACCCAUACUGCAAAAUUGCUUCCAUGAGAAUUCAGGGUUUGAAGAAGGCACACCAAUUCAAGGUUGCUAAAGGAAAGGAAACUUACGAGAAAGUCAAGGCUGCCAAGGAAGAGGCACUCAAGAAGAUCAACGAAGUCAUCUAUGCUAAGAACCAAAUUGAUAAGGAUGGAAAGAAGGUCAAGAAGGUUGUACCAAAGAACUUGAUCAAGAAGACUUGCACUUUGUCUGCAAAGAGACAAGUCACUUUGAACAAACUCAGAGCUUUCAAGAAGUUGAAUGCCAAGAAGUUCCAGGAGAAGAUCGCGUUCUAA